AUGCUUAAGACACGGCACAUCCAAGAACUCGAUGCGAAUUCUACCAUCAAACAUUAUUGGGGUUAUGCCGAUCGAAUCCUCCCAUGCACCAAAGAUGCCGGUACUUGUGCGUAUCUAGACUCUGUCUAUCACGCACAUCAAGUAUCAAUGCUUUACACAUUCAUUCUCUGGGCAGUCCUGGGUGGCGUGCUGAUAUUCAUGCUCUCAUUACGCUAUGGCAAGAUUGUAAGCCGCUCAUCUGAUAUCAAGACGCCACUUCGGCGUGGACUAGAUUCUCUCGGAUCUCUGGGUAGACGAUGGAUGCUUGCCGAAUCUCCAGGGAGAGGAAUCCUUGGACGGGUCACUCUGCUACAAGUUACGGUGCUAGCAUCGCUUCUUGGCUACCUGUUAAUAUUCUCUCUCGUCGGUGUGACUUACAAGACAUGGAUCACACCCACCAAAGGUCACCCUCACCUGAAAACGAUUAGAACCGGCUUUGGAGGUUGGGGUGAUCGUGUUGGCGCGCUGGCUUAUGCUUUGACGCCACUUACCAUCGCUCUUUGCUCUCGUGAAAGCAUUUUGUCUCUCAUCACUGGAAUUCCAUAUCAGCAUUUCAACUUCUUGCAUCGCUGGACCGGUCGAGUCAUUUUCAUUCAAUCCUUCUUGCAUACUCUGGUUUGGACACUUGUCGAAGGAAGAUUUUACCAGCCGCAACCAGAGACUUAUACCGCAUUCAUCAAGCAGAAGUACAUUGUCUGGGGCAUUGUUGCUCAGAUCAUGAUUACCUUUUUGUACAUUUUCAGCACAAGCUGGGCCAUCCGAUUAACUGGUUACGAGUUUUUCAAGAAGACCCAUGCUCUGAUCGGCAUCCUUUAUCUUGGAGCGUGCUGGGGACACUGGGAUAAAUUGGCGUGUUGGAUGAUUGCUUCUCUCAUCAUCGUGCUUGCCGAUUUCGGUAUCAGAAUCCUUCGUACUGCAUUGCUCCACCUCGGAUACCGUAAGGGCAAGCCCGGUCUUGGUUUCCACGGCGCUGUUGCCACUGUUCAGCACUAUGGCGAUGAUGAAGAUUCGGUCGUGCGGAUUGACUUUGACUUCAGACACUCUGCCUGGAAGCCUGGUCAACACUUUUACCUCUGCUUUCCUGCUCUAAACAUUUGGCAAAGCCAUCCUUUUACGCCCUCGUCUCUUCCUAACGGUCGUAGCGAUAUCCAACACCACACAUACCUGAUCCGUGAACGCUCUGGCAUCACUGCUAAACUUGCUCAAAUGGCCAAAGCCACUGGUGGUGAUUCUUGCACAACUUCUGUAAUCCUUACUGGACCUUAUGGAGGCACAUCGAUGGUUGAAGCUGCAUCCUCAAACCUUCUAGCUGUGGCAGGCGGUACUGGUGUCACUUCAGUGCUGCCAACUCUUCAAGACACGUUUACCGUCGCACAAACAGGCAGUCGCGCUGUUGACCUCGUCUGGGUGGUCCGCAAAGUUCAAGAUCUUUCCUGGAUCGCGCCAGAGUUGGCGGAGCUCAAGUCGUGGAUGUCCUCUGGUAAAGCAAUCGGGUUACGUAUUCGCAUUUUUGUUACUCGCGAGACAGCACCGCUAGAAUCACCAAGCUCUUCCUCGUCCUCAUUGUCGGAGAAGGGCAAGGGAUGCUGUAGCAAGCGUAACAAGGGCGAGAAAAAUGGCGUGAUUGUCUCUUCUUCAAGCGAUUUGACAACACUCCAAGACAACUUUUUCAUCACCUAUCUUGGUGGCGCUCAUCCCUCAAUCAAAGAUAUUGUCAACGACUUCGCUGAAAGAGCAGCUAUCUGUGGCGGUAGAAGUCAAGUCAUUGGUGCCGGACCCAUGGAGAUUGGCACUGCUUUGCGCUCUGCUGUCGCGAAAGAGAACCAUGCCGGUAGGGUAUGGCAAGGCGAUGAGAGCGGCAUUAUGGCUCUUGAAUGGGACUGUCGGUCAUGA